AUGAUCAGCAAGGACUCAUUUAACAGCGCGUCUACGCACGUAGAGUUGUCAUGCAUCCCCGAGGAUACCACUGGCCUUGAGCGUAUCAUGCUUGCAGCUCAAGGUGAUCUGCAGCGACUGAUGAGUUCGUUCUUUGCUCGGCCUAUAUUUAUUGAGCUUGUGUACGCCAAUGGCUCGCCACGGCUGAAACCAGCUUCACCCGAGCAUCCCAUAACACAAUCGCGGCAGGUACAUCUCGUAUGUGCUUCGCGAAUCGUUUGCACCGCUACAUCGAAUGUCACCAUCACAAACCCUGACUUCGAACGUCUAUUCCUUGACGACAAAUAUCCUAUUGGCCAGACGUUCCGCAAAAUGCUUCGUCACCCACAAUUUACCCUCCUUGACGCUCAGGCACAGGUCGUUGGUGGCAAGCGGGAACUCCGCAGAACGUAUACACUUGAGACGGACGGUUUUCUCUGUGAGAUCCUCGAAGUGUUCCCUGACAGGGACAUGUUUGCUCGUGGAGAAGCAUGGCUUACUGAGAACAAACUCGAGCUUGAAAAAAGCUGCACUGUGGAAAGUCAGGAUAUGAAGCCCUGGUGGCUUCCUGUCAGCAAGGGCAAUACUUUUCACUGGGGAUUCGCUUGCUCAUACGGCUUGGAACCUUCACCAUUGGUAUACUACCACGAUAUUUGGUUUGUUUCGUUGUACCUGCUCCUUCUGUACCUCAUAUAG